AUGCUUUUUGACAACGACGUUAUCGAAGAUAUGAUGGACUGCUUCCCCGAGAUGCUGGCCAGGGAUUUGGAGAGAUCGAAACCGCUCUUUGAAUCCAAGAAUAUGACUGCUGGUGUACCAUCUGGACCUGUCUGGUUCGCAGAGAACCAUAUGAGCAACCGAAGUCCAUCAUCCCCGAGUCGAAUUGUUGCUUCUCCUUACCAAUCGGGGUCUGUACUCGUGCAGAACUUAGGAUCGAUAGAAGAACGAAGGUCAAUGGUCUCAUUUCUUGAACAUCGAGGACAAGGGAAUGAGGAAGUGGAAUCAGAUGAGGAAUCCAUCUCAUCGGCACAGUCGUCUGCCGGCAUCCCUAUCCCUUCUAUCAAAUUGCGCGAGCAAUCUAUAGCUACAGCAGCAACAUCUCUUACCUCAGCAAGCGGUAACCCGCCGUCUCCGAAAAGUCUAUCACCAACCGAGCGAGGACAUGAGUACAGCUGGAUCGAUGCUGAUUCCGAGGUUGAUGAAGAGGAGGUCAGAUCUGUUGUUCAAGACCAAUUAGCGACACCCAAAGAGAUGGCUGCUUUAUCACCACGACCACCUACGCCAACCAAUAUGGAGUCAACAUUUGAUAUCACAAUCAUGAUGAAGGCUCCACAACCUCGUCUACACAGAGCAUGUUCAUACGUCGACGAGUCACCAAAGAGCACGAAACAGCACAAAAGGCAAAUCUCAUCCAAAUCUCUGGACGCGCCAGUCAUCCCUCCUAGAGUCGCAUCUCUUUCAAGUCCGACAGAAUCAACAAAUACGACACCAAGACUCAGGACACCCGUGUAUGAUUCGCGGAUAAGUCCCGACCGUCAUGGUUACACGAAAAAGUCAUUCACCCCUACCCACCGCUUUCGUGAAGAGGCAGACAACAGCACAAUUCUUUUAAAGUCAGACUUUGGAUCCAUUGAGCUGGAAAUUGAAGACGAAGACAGAUACAUGGACCAUUAUCCACCUCCUCCACCAUUGUCCCGGCCGGAUACAGUCUAUAUCGAACAAACACCACCACCUUCGCCAUUGCCUACAGUUGAAUCCUGGCUAAAUGAUUCGAAUCCUCCCUGCAUGCCUCAGAUACCUGUCGACGAUCUGGUCAAGGCCGUGCCCCUUCCUCCUCAUGUUAUUGAGACGCUCCGAGUUUCAAUCGCAUGCUUCCCUGAGACAAUGUUGCUGUCCUCGAGCUUGACUACAGAAACAAUCCGGUCAUAUUCCAAGAAAGUCAGAAGCCCUUCGGUUGAUAACUGGGCUGACCCAACAUCCGACUCAUCGUCCUUGCACCCCCGAAAGUCGAUCUGGAAGAAGGUCGUUUCACAUGGUCGUGACUCAAGUUCCACUAGACGUCACCGAUUGCACUCGUAUGACAGUAACACUUCAUCGGGUUCCGUCGCGCCCCCCGUGCCUUGGGCUUCUCUGCGACAUGUUUUUCCUGGUUGUUCAGACUAUAUCUGUGAUGCUUUGUAUGCUCACAUUGUCGCCUACAACUAUGUAUCACGAGUCCCCCGCAACCAGCCCGCAGGAAACCGGGCAUCGACCUCAGACUCCAAGUCGCAGGGCGAAAAUAUUCCAAAGAAAGCCGCCUCACUUCUCGGGCUUAGCUCAAUGCAAACCACCCCUACACAUAAUGUUGGCCGAUUCGCUAGGAAGUUUAGCUCUCCUCUUACAGCUAUUGGCCUAGGCAAAGAGGAGACAUCAACUGCGACUAAUAACGAUAACGCGACACGAAAUAUCGAGUCAGGAUUACUUCGCUGUAUCUCUCGACUUGUUGGUACUGCCAAGAUGAUCACAGAGAAUGGUACUACGGAGGAGAGGAUCAUGGAUACUGAACCACAGGCGGUAGACAUGAUGUUUGUACGAAGUCUGUGUGAGAUAGUGAGAUUGUGCGAGGAAGUAUCAUGUCCUCAGAUGAACUAA